AUGCCUAAUGAUUAUAAUUAUAAUCCUGAUGACUGGACCCGGGAAGAGAAAAUGGCAAUGUGGAACAUCUUCUGUAGCCUCGUUUUCGACGCCACCGGCGGUGCUAACAUGGAAUACUUAUAUCCUGGUUGGGGGAAUUACACAUUGUCCGAUCUCCUCGAUGCUACUGAUCAGUUGUACUCCGUAACUCAUCCAGACGAGUAUCUACGCCUCGAAGAUCUUUCGAUUCAAAUCGUUUUAGCCAGGAGACGACCUGUUCAACUGCAGCUGGAAGAAGAGGGUGCAGAGGCCGCUCCGGUUCAGAAUCCUGAACCUGAGGUGGAGACUGGUGUGGCGGAGACUGGCGACGAGACCGGUAUCCUGGCACGUCUUUAUAGAUCUCUAUGGUGGAUAUUCAGUGGCUUUGUAUGA